AUGAAUUUCAAUAUUUCAAUUCAAUUGGUUUUAUAUCUUAUUCUUUGUCAUUGGACUUAUUAUGUGUAUUCAGCAUCUAGUUCAUCUGCUUUUGCAAGUUCAGUUAAAUUAAUGAAUCGUAAAAGUGAUAGCGGACUGAAUUCUCGAAAACAUAAAGUUUCAACUACAAAUGGCAUCGAUAUAGAUGAUGAUACCACACUUCAAUUCAAUUCGGAUGAAUCUCGACUGCGUGCCACGUUACUUGAAAGUUACGUACCUGAAGCUCGGCCAGUUAUGAAUACAACAACGGUCACUGUGGUUGAUGUUGGUCUUAAUAUCAUUCAAGUGAUGAAUUUAGAUGAACAAAAUCAAGUUAUGACAACUAAUGUUCAAGUUACAUUGAAAUGGCAAGAUGAACAUUUACGAUGGUUACCCAGUGACUAUAAUGAUCAAAAUCGAACUGUUUUUUCUGCACUUGAAAUUUGGACUCCUGAUAUUGUUCUAUUCAAUUCAGCUGAUGUUGCUUAUUCUCAACGACGUGAAUACUAUUUAUUAACUGUUCAUUGGAAUGGUACUGUCGAAUGGGUCUAUCCUGAUGUGUUUCGAUCUUACUGUGAUGUUGUUAUAACAUAUUUUCCAUUUGACAAACAAAAUUGUACACUUGAGAUUCAAUCAUGGUCACGUCCCUCUGAUGAAUUAUUAGUUCGACAUCAACCGCAAAAUGUUCGCCAACAAAGUCAAUAUAUACGUACUGAAUGGCAAGUUUAUGAAAUAGUUGUACAAAAUGCUACUAUGAAUCGUUAUUUAUGGCUCGUAUUUCAAAUAAAAAUGAAACGUAACUAUCAAUUUUAUGUUAAUCAUAUGAUAUUUCCAUUCUCAAUCUUAUCUUGUUUAACAUUAUUUGUAUUUUGGCUUCCACCUGAUUCAGGUGAAAAAAUUACAUUAACGAUUACAAUUCUUCUUGCCUUAACAGUUUUUCUUCAACUCAUAUCCGAUUAUACACCAAAAGCUUCUUCUAAUCUUCCUAUUAUUGGUAUAUAUUUUAAUGUCAAUUUAAUAUUGGUGCUUAUUUCUGUUGUCCUUACGGUGGUCGUACUUAAUUUUCAUUAUCGUGGACCAAAGAAGUCACGUGUACCACGUUGGUGUCGUCGCAUAGUAAUGGGUAAAAUCGGUUGUUGGCUUGGUUUUCAUUUUAUCAGUGAUGAACAAUUACUUUCUCAAUCAAAUUCGACUAAAACUAAUGUGAGACGUAGUACUCGUCGAGAUAAUUCAAAUGGUGAAAUUCGUCGAGGUGAGAAAAAUACCAAAACAAAAUUACCACUCCUUCCAAUAACAACAGCAACAAAAACAACAACAAAUUCAAGUAAAACAACUGCUAAUAAUAAUGAUGAUGACAAUGGCACAGAAGAAACAACUCAGAAAUCUACUCAACAACAUUCACUAACCCAUAAUAUUGAACAAAUAUUACUUACGAUGCAAACACAAUUUGAUCCAAAUAGUAUUGAUGAUGAAGAAUUAAAACUUUCUAUAUUACGUGAAAUUCUUGAAUGCCAACGUUUACUUUUAACAAUACAUGCUCGAAGACAAAAUGUUCAAUCACAAUUAUUAUAUGAUAUAUAUGAAGAAUGGAAAAUUCUAGCUAUUAUUGUUGAUCGAAUUUGUUUUAUAUUUUAUCUUAUUAGUAUGCUCGCUGCAUCAGUUAUUUUCUUUGUACGAGAACCAAUAUUGAAGCGAAAUGGAUAA